GCCAAGGCUGGUGCGGGGCAGGAGAGUCACGUGGCUUAUAAUUCACCUUGUGUCUAGACGUCGGGACCCGAAGCUGGAGAGGUCCGGUGCGCUAUCGUAUCUUUCAAUCUUCUGGGAACCUUUCCUGGAUGGCCACGAGAAGAUGGAAAGUAAGAGAGAAAUAAUUGAGGAGAAAUAAUUCCCGAAUCGCAGUGUUACCAUGUCAUAUUUUGUGUUCUGUGCGCUUGGGACGCUAUUCAAGUUUACCUCCGCGCUAUGGCAGCACACAGCAUCUGCAAUUGCUACGACAGUUCUUGAAGCUUCAGCGGUCUCUAUCGUCCGCGGGAGUGUCGGAACCGUCGCAACUGUUUUGGCUUGGUUUGUUGUUGGAUUAUGGAUCCUAGCGUUUGUAAUGCUACUCAUUGUUGGAUAUGUUCGGUCUCGUGAGGAGAGGUCAUAGCCGGCAGGAUGAUGCUGACCCGCUCGAGGAUGAGCCGUCGUGGUAUCCACGGUGCAGGCUUGUUGCGCUCUCCGCCACUAAAGAGGGUUAAUCCGUAGGAGCAAGGGCGCUCUUCUGCUAUACAGUCAACGUUGGUGCCCUGUCCAAUGCCAUCCAGCGGGAUAUUGACGGUGACGAUUGUAGUUCG